AUGAAAUAUAUUAACAUUAUUUACGCUCUAAUCGCGUUCCGUCUUAAGGUUGAAAGCGCGAGCGUGUGUGAGAGUCAGUAUUGCGUGUGUCGCCACAACAAUAAGAGUGACAGAGAUCUGUUCGGCGAAAUUGUUACUUGUUCCUACGAUCAUACAGUGCUUAAUAAGGACUACGAGUUACCGCUCACGACGCACACUUUAGAUCUAUCGAGAAACAACAUAACUAGUGUGCAAACUUCGAAAUUAUUGCAAUCAGAUACACUAACCGAACUAUCACUUAGAGAUAAUGUAAUCAAAGGAAUAUCGCCUUCCGCGCUGCGGCUAGAGAAGUUGAAAAGGCUGGAUCUGAGUAACAACGAAUUGGAAUUUCUACACAAAGAUACGUUCAGGUACAUCAGAGGACUGGAGUAUCUUAAUUUGGCAAAUAAUAAAUUUACUACCUUCGAAAAAAUCACAUUCCACCACUUGGAGGAUUUGAGGGAAAUCAUAUUAGACAACAAUUAUCUUGGACCGAGUUUAGAUGACAAUAAUUUAUUCGAUUGUAACGGCUACGGACUAACUCACAAGAUCCAGUCCCUUUCAGUGAGCGGCAUUAAAUUGGACCACGUCCAUGAAAACUUUUUCGUUGACGCGUUUGACUUGAGGCGGCUCACGAUAUCAAAUAAUAACAUACACGACAUUUUCGAACUGCCUUUUACUUUAGAAUACUUGGAUCUAUCAGACAACCCGAUCGAUAUUAUCGCUGGCGAAGACUUCGCUGAUUUAUCAGCUCUGAAAGAAUUAAAGUUGAACAAUUUGAAUAUAAAGGAAAUACCAGAUUUUGCAUUCGCUUCGUUGCAUUCGUUGACGAGCUUGGAAUUGGAAAGAAAUAUGAAACUGAACAAUUUCAGCGUUAUGGCGUUCGGCCAGGAGGUCUUAGAGGAUGCUGAUGACUUUACGCUCGAAAAAUUAUCCUUAAGAGGAUCCAGGUUGACAACCCUAGACAAGAGAUUGGAAGUGCCUUUCGGACAAUUAAUACGUUUAGAUUUACAAGGAAACUAUUGGAAUUGUGACUGCCAUCUAAUUUGGUUAAAACAGUUCCAAAUGCAACCAGAGGAUUCGGUUCAUCUAAGAUGUUACACUCCAAAAAUCUUAGUGAACGCUAAGAUAAUGGAUCUCGACCGGAAGUACUUCACAUGUUCGGCAGAGAACCGUCGGACUGGUGUCGUUAUAGCGGUUAUCUGUCUAUGUGUCAUGUUGACAGCUGUCGCUAUAUGGGUGUUUAUGUUCUUACCUAGUAAUAUACCCAAAUUCACUUUCUUAACCAGCAUGUACGCGCCCGCCGGAGGAUAUGCCGGGUUACCUGUUAUUUAUAAUAAUAACCUGUAGUCUACAAAACAUAUAGACGCUUAAAAAUGUCCACGAGGACAUAGAUAUAUUAAGGACAUGACUGAAAAUGAAACACGGAACAAAAUCCACUUUAUAUAUUUAUAAAAUACAAAAGUGUACAAAACGUUUCACGGUUACAAUUUGUGCUAAGCCUUUGUGCUAAAUACGUAUUACGUCACAAAUAUUUUAUAAAGGAAAAUAUAUUUUUAUAAAAUUUUGAUGUUUUGAAAUGUUAUCCGCGUAUAAUAUUUUUACUUCUAGUCAUUGGAGACUGGGUGUAAAAACGUCCCACGUCAUUGUACUAUUUAUUAUAAUCUAGAUAUUAGGUCUAAUGUUUUAGAGUAAGCAGGCACAGGCGUUUUACAAGGCGACUUGAGCAAUGCGACAUUAUCAGUCUAUGAAACGGGGGUUUGCUAACGGAUGUACAACAAACUGCUAUAACCGACAACUAGUAGAAUUACCAAAGACAAUAUAUUUUUUUUAACGAAUAAACAUGCAUAAUUUUCGAAA